UCCCGCGGCGGGGCGCGGCUGCACCUGUCCCAAGCCCGCCCCUUCUCUCCGGGUCCUCUACAGAGCGGUGGCCGGUUGGCGGCUCUGCCCGCGGAGCGUCUCGCCGCGCCUGGUUUUUGGGUCUCUCUACCCCCCCCCCCCACACACACACCCACCUCCCAGGAGCGAGCAUGGCCGGCCUAUUCGGCAGCCUCUUGGGCUCUCAACUCGUGGCUCGGUUCCAGCGCCGCUGCGGGCUCUUUCCCCGAGGCGACGAGGAGCAGCGAGCUCAGGCGGUGGGGAAGGGCAGCCGGCUCCUGACUCCUCGGGACGUCCGCAACGGGCAGCGCCCGAGCUUUGGUCUGCCGGCUGACUGCGCCACCUGCAACGGCAGCCCCGGGGGCGGCUGGAAGGACUGUUCACAAGAUUAUGUUGUAACAAAUUAUUUCUACUACUACCUGUUCAAAAUUUCUGCUGCAAUGGGCCAGGAAGUUUUCUACAUCACGUUUCUUCCAUUCACUUACUGGAUCAUAAACGCCCAAGUUGCACGGAGACUGAUAAUAAUGUGGUCGGUAGUCAUGUAUAUUGGUCAAGUCAUGAAAGACCUUCUGAAGUGGCCUCGUCCUCAUUCACCACCUGUUGUCAAGCUAGAAAAGAAGACUAAUGCAGAAUAUGGAAUGCCAUCCACACAUGCAAUGGCAGCCACUGUCAUCUCUUUCACUUUUGUAUCUGUGACUGCAAACCAGUACAAGUAUCCACUUGAACUUGGACUGUUGGGAGCCUUCUUAUUUUCAUCUCUGGUAGGCCUCAGCAGAAUUUACACAGGAAUGCACACAGUGCUGGACGUCAUUGUCGGCAGUCUAAUUUCCUUAUUUUUGACUGCUAUUACCUGUCCUACCUGGGAUAUCGUGGACCAUUUGAUGCUCACCAGCGCUUUCUGUCCAGCAUUCUGCAUCAUUGUGCCCCUCUUCUUGUGCUACAAUUAUCCCAAACUAGAUUAUUACAGUCCAACUAGAGCAGAUACUACCACUAUUCUAGGAGCUUCGGCAGGAGCAAUUAUCGGGUUUUGGGCAAAUAAUCAUUAUGGUUCAAAUGCUGCAUCUACAGAUGUCACUUACAGUGUUUCUUCUAUCAAUCGUGAAAUUAUCUUGCUAGUGCUUGCAAAAUUUAUAGUGGGGAUUGGUGUUUUAAUGAUGACACGGCAGAUUGCCAAAACUAUUGUUCGUAAAUCAUUAUGUUCUUGGCACAAGGUUUCUAACAGCGAUGUUGUAGCUAUGCAGCAAAUAAAAAUUGAAGUGCCCUAUAAAUUUAUAACCUAUUCUUCUAUUGGUCUAAGUGCUACAAUGUUUGUGCCACUACUAUAUACAUUUUUCGGUUUAAAUUAAAUGCUAUGCAUUUGUUUUUUUUUAAUUGUCCAGAUUAUGGACUGCAGAUUAAAAAGAUUUGCAGUAGUUGGGGGGCUGGGGUGAUGGGAGAAUGGAAUGUGCCUUUUGCAUAAACUCUUUGGAUUGCUAAUACUGGAGACUAAAGAUAGGAUUUAGUUAUUCUAGUAUUCAGUGUGAGAGAGAUGGUCACAGACCAAAAAAUAAUAAUAAUCAGGAAUGACAUUUAAUUCUAUGUAUAUUGCUGAGAAUUAUCAGCUUUGUAAGUUGAGGGAAACCAAAUAUAGUACAAUAUCAGUUUUCAACAGUUUGUAAACAUAUGUGAUUGGGAAUAAAUGCAUGCUAUGAUCUUCCUCGGAAUGGAGAUGCUGCACUAUUCCUCUAGGGUUUAAAUGACCCUCACAGUCCCCAACCUAACCUUUUAUCUUACAUACCAUAAGAAUACAGGUUGGAAUUUUCAUUUUUCUCUUUGUAUUUUGAAUAAGGAGUCUGAAAGAUAUUGAUUGUAUGACGACAUAAUAUUCUUAUAUCAAAAUACUGUAGACGUUUCUCAGGAAUGUAGCACUGACAGCAUAAAGGAAGCAGCAUUUUGUAUUCUAAUGGUAAUACAAGAGAAAGGUGCUGAGUUGCUUCUAAGUCUUUUUCCUGCUUGUUCACAUUCUAAACGUUACAAAUGGAUGGCGAUUGGCUAUAUGAAAGAACAUGUGGAGAUUGGAAUAGUUGAUUAGUACUACUGGUCAAGUAUUCUUUGUGUUCACAUUAUAGCGGGAACAGAAGACAGUAAAACCUUCAUAUCAUAGAUUUUAAUUGAACAGAUUUUAGAUAUAAAAUGUUUUUGUUUGGACUUCACCUCUAUUUACUUACAUCACUAACGUGAUAUAAUUACAUAAAUGAGGUAAACUAUAUAAAUUGGAAUUUAACAGAUAUCUGAUAUGCUAAAUCAUGGUUUUACUGUAAUGCAAUGCAUUAUUGAAUUAAGUAGGACAAUUCUAUUUAAAAUAGAUUUCUAAAUGUAUGUUGUCUUCCCAACAGCUUUGGGUUUGUUUACAUAACUGUUUUUAUGAAGAGCACAUAGUUUUUGCUGUUCAACAAGACUGCACAUAUAUGUUCUUAUUUAUAAAGUAUACAAUUUCUAUUUUUGUAUCAUUUUACUGUAAUAUGCUAAAUACAUAAUCUGAAAAAAUACCA